AUGGCUCCAAAGACUGGGUUCAAAAUCCCUCAACCUUGGGACACAAGUAGACCUAUACUUGAUGAAAAGGAUCCCCUGUCGAUUGAGGCAUAUUUGCGUCACUGCGCGCAGAUCGUGGAGGAUGGUGGCAUCACAGAUGCCAAACAAGCAAAAAGCAUGUACAUUCGUUACUUGCCGUCGCGGCAAGUAAUGGACGUAUGGGAAGGUCUCAAUACCUAUUCCGACGACACAAAAACUGUCGCAGAGUUCGAGGCCGAAAUAUUAAAAGGAUACCCUGAGGUAUCCAAGCGAAAAACUGGGACCAUGGCAGAUCUAGAUAGACUCUGUCGCGAGAACCGUGGAAUAAAGAUAACGGAUGAGGGAGAUUUGAAGCGUUUCGGCCUUCAAAUGUACAGUCACUACAAGCGACUGUCAGUCCCUCCUGCCAUUAUCACCAACAAAGUCGCGUGUGAACGCUACAUGCGUACUUUGGACUCUGAGUUCAGUACCGUCUUGAGGAACGCUUUGGCUACGAGUCAAGUAUUCAAUAAACGCUACCAAACUCGCGCCGGGAUAGCAAACGCUAAUGUCCCCGCGACUGGAGUCAACCGGCAGGACGACCCCAUCCAGCUAAAAGAAUUAAUGACAAUGGCGGAAGAAAUGGCGUUGACGUUGAGUAACGAAGACGAAAUUCCCAUAAUCGCGCGGCCUCCUAAGGUUCGCUUCGACUAUGAGACUAGUCCACCCAACCAUGCUAAGGUUGAGGAGUUGGAAAACUCGAUUUCCAACUUGAAGGACUCAUUUCUUCUACACCAAAAAGAGCUACAGACUCAGUUGCAGGAAGCGCUGAAGACGUUCGUACAGACUGCUCGCGAAGCGCCCAUACAGCGGUCGCGGCCAGUAGGCAACAACUCUUCUGUGCCCCACUUUGAAAGUCGCGCACAAGGAGGAGCUGCCGCACGGAACGACGAUUGUCGCUACUGUGGACAAACUGGUCAUUGGUCAAACGAGUGCCCGCUCAAGAGGUCUCACAUUGAGAAAAACCUUCUCAAAGUCGACACCAAAGGGAUGUGGAGGCUCUUCGACGACAGUUUCCUACCAAAUGGAGAAGGGACUCAGGGACAACGAGUAGAGGCUUACUGGAAGAAGAAGGGCAAAUCCGUCAACUUCCAAGACUCCUACUACUUGGAUCAGUUCGAUAGUCGCGACAAUGAUGAUAUGUCCGACUACCCUGAAGAAGUGGCAGAUGAAAUACGCUCCCUUCGAAGUCAACUCAUCCAAUACAAGAGGAAGUCGUCGCGGCCAACUCCAGAGAGUCACGCUGAGCCAAAGACUCAAAGGACUGCAUCUGGUUCAACCAGCAAUGCAAUGGAAAGUGCCAUGGGCCAAUUCAUGCAGAAAGCCAUGACCGACUGUUGA